AUGCAGCAUCGCAGCGUUACCAGUCUCCACAGUAUGGAUCAUGGUGCUGGUCUGCCCGGCAGCGGUAAUUACAGUCGUACGCCAGAGCUUCGUAUAAGCCACAAGAUGGCGGAGCGGAAGCGGAGGAGUGAGAUGAAGAAUUUAUUCGAUGAGCUGAACAAUAUCCUACCAAAUUCACCGGGAAGCAAGUCCAGCAAAUGGGAGGUUCUGACCAAGUCCAUCGAGUAUAUUAGAAACCUGAGCGCGUCUCACACGAGGGCUAACAGAGAAGUCGAGAGCCUACGAGCCCAGGCUGAAUAUGUUCGCCAAGCCCGACAAGAAAACAUGGAUUUACGCAAUGAAUUGAACGCUGUAUGGACUGCUCUGCGCCGCGCGGAUCCCGCCGGUCCACAUGUGUAUGGAACCAAUACUGCUGCCUUGGCGCAGCAACACGCUUCGGCACCCACUCCUUCCAACAACAUUCUCCCGCCAUUACAACAGCAACAACAGCAGCAGCAGCAGCAGCAAGCACCUCCACCGCAACAAACCGCUCAUUGGAUUUCGUCUGCACCAUCUGCAAUGCAGGGCGUCGAAUUCGGGGGUGUUCGACCUUACGAGCAUCCUCAUCGCUGA